ACCCUGUUGGCGGUUGGUGGCUUGAUGUUUAACACACUAAAAUUCAGUACAAUGGUGGCAAACGAACAAGACAGAUCAAAGUUCAUCCAGUCCGCGAUCACACUACUGAGAGAAAAUGGAUUUGAUGGACUAAAUCUGGACUGGAGGCACCCUGGGGGAUCUGGAAGCCAAACAGAGGACAAGCAGAGAUUCACACUGCUGUGCAAGGAGCUCAAUGAGGCCUUUGUUGAUGAAGGAACAGCGUCUAACCGUGACAGAUUAAUCGUCACUGCAAGUGUCUCUGCUGAGAAAGCAACCAUCGAUGCUAGUUAUCAAGUCUCACAGAUUCCCAGGUACCUGGAUUUCAUUAAUGUGUUGACAUUUGACUUUCACGGCCCCUGGGAAAGUGUCACAGGACAUCACAGCCCCUUAUACCAGGGAUCCCAAGACACUGGAAACGAAACCUACUUGAACACUGACUAUGCCAUGAGGUACUGGCGGGACGGGGGCACACCUACACAAAAGCUAAACUUGGGGUUAGCGGCAUAUGGGCGGGCUUUUGACCUGUCCACUGCAUCCAGUGAUGUUGGUGCACCAGCCAGUGGUCCUGGUGAAGAAAGCUGCUACUCCGGUGAAGAAGGAUUCUGGGCCUCUUAUGAGACUUGCCUUUAUCUUAAAGGGGUCACCAUCCAUCUGAUUACUGAUCAGAGAGUUCCAUAUGCCACUACAGAGAAUCAAUGGGUUGGAUUUGACAACAAAGACAGUCUUGAUAAUAAGGUCACCUACCUAAAAACUAACAACUUUGGGGGAGCUUUUGUCUGGUCUUUGGACCUGGAUGACAUUAGUGGACAGUUCUGUAACAUGGGUAAUAACCCUUUUAUCAGCCACCUGCAUACUCUCCUGGUCCCAGGUUUUCCUGGCAUCACCACAUCUCCCUCUACCACAACCACAACGAUGCCCACUACCACAUCAACACCCCCUACCAAAACCACAAUAAUCCACAACAAACACUACGACAAAAACUACCAAAAUCACAACAAUGCCCAAAUCAACAUUUCCCCCUACCAUGCCUACAACAACGCUCACUGCCCCAACUCCUGCUACUAUGGCCACAACACUCAUUACCACAGCAACUCCCCCUAUUACAACCAAAACAAUGCCCACUACCACAACAACUCUACUAACCUCAACAAUCCCCACUACCACAACAACUCCCCCGACAACAACAAUGCCCUCUUCCAGAAGAACCAUCCCUACCAUGACCAUAACAACUUCCCUUACCACAUCCACAACAGUGCCCACUACGACAACAAUGACUCCUUCUACCACAACAACAAUGCCGACAAGCAAAACGACUUCCCCUACAACAACUUCAUCAACUACAACAACUUCCCCUACCACACCCACAACAAUGCCAACUACCACAACAACUCCCCCUACGACAAACACGACUCUCACAACCACUACCACAACUCCCUCUACCAUGAUCACAACAACUCUCCCUACCACAACAACACUCCCUCGACCACUACCACGAAAAUUCCCACUACCACAACAAUUCCCCCCACCCACGACUACAACUCCCUCUACCACUACCACGAUAAUGCCCACUAUCACAACAAUUGCCCCUAUGACAACCACAACUCCGACAACCACAACUACUCCCCCUACCAGAACUACAACAAUGCCCACUACCACAACUCCUUCUACCACUACCACGAAAAUGCCCACUACCACAACUCCCACAACAACUCCCCCUACCACAACUACCGCCCCUGCCACGACCACAAUAAUGCCCUCUAG